UGGCUCCUCCCCCCGGAUGUUUGAGCCGUUCCGGGCCGUCGCUACUAACGCUUGCUUGGUCUCCGGGGUUACCAGGCUCGGAACGCAGGGGCGGCUGGCCUACCUGAAAUGGAGUGGAGAGGUGAUUUUUCUCUUGAGUUUUUGAACUUGGAUUGUUUGCUAAACUCAUUUCCUGGAAAUCUGGAGGUUCAACAGGUACUUGGUGACAUUGAUGAGAAAAUAAAGAAAAAUACUUCAUGUGUGGAACAAUGCCUUAAGGAACUACAACUGGAAUUAAAUGAAACUUGUUCUGAUGAGUUGUUGCAGGACACAACAAGUUUUCUUCAUUGGCUAAAUAACCAUGAUUUCAGUUCAACCAAAUUCUCUUCAACCCAUCAAGGAGAAUUAAUCAAGUUUCUCCAAACACUGCAAAGGUUAUUGAAGAAUGAACAAAAUCAAGAAGAAACAAUUCUUCAAUUUCUCCUUGAACUCUCCAAGCAGUGUGGUGUCUUAUUUCCCUGUACCCCAAGUGGAGCAUCUUUUGAUUUCGUAUCCAGUAGUUCCAUUCAUGGUAUUGAAGACGAUACAGCAGUGGAUGUUCACUGCAUUUGGGAUGAUAUAAGAUUACAUCUUCGACGCUACUUAGUACAUCAAUUGCAAAGUAAUCAAGAAACAAAAACUGGUACUUUACAAUAUCAACUGCAAUUUAAAAUUCAGUGUCUGCAGCAUCUCUUAUUUCUUUAUCCUGAAUCUGAAGUUCUAGUCAAGUAUCAAAAAAUGCAGAAUAAAUUGGUUAGUGAUCUUUUGCAGAAAUGUGCUCAGGGUAAGAGUGAUGAAAUGAAUUUUGAAAAGAUUGUUCAUAAUUACAAAAGUUCUAUUCCUGCCUUCUGUGCAAUGAUAAAAGAAGAUUUACAUAUACUAAGUGGAAUUACUGAUCCUUCUUCUGUACUGAAAUUUAUUAAUGAAACUUACUUGGAUACCUUCACUGAAGAAAUCACCUUUGUUCUUCACAUGCUUUGUGAGCUUCAACUUAAAGAAAAGGCACUACAUGCUAUAAAGACAAGCAAGAACUCAAAGAAAAACAGAGGCAUGGUUCAAGUUGGGGUUGCAGAGGAACAUUCCAGAAAAGGAAUGAACCAGUGUUUAACAUUACAUCAACUCAAAUGCCUUUCCCAGCUUAUAAAAUCAUUUUUGUUGAUGGAAGAAAAUAUUGAAGAGCUAUCUUCAGGAUUACUGUUAGUAUGUAUGUCUGAGAACAAAAGUAUUCAAGGAGUUCUGAAAAAUGAAAAUGAAUCCAGCGAAUUUCCUGAGCAUAUUCUUAAGGUUAAAAAGUCUACCAUGCUGGAGUUUGGAUGGAGAAAUGUUUUUAAAGACCUGUCCCCUUCAGUAGCAUACAGUUUAAUAAUUGCAGUUGAAGAUUUUUCCAGUAAAAUUCUUGAACGUGAACAAAAUGAACAGUCUUCAGCUACUUAUUAUAUGAUGUGUCUUGUAAAUGUACAAAACAUGAAUGAAUCCUGGAGAGUUGUCCAUGAGAAAGAGCAACCAAAACAGAUUUCAAAGUUUUGUUCGGACAUCAUGGAAGUACUUGACAUGUUGCUCCCAUUGGCUCUGGCAUGCACAGUUGAAUUUUUCCAGGAAAUUAGAGCAAACUUUAUAGAGGCUUGCAACAAAGUGGCAACAGCUCUCCUGACCAGACUGGAAGAGAGAAGUAAAGAUGUUCCCACAAGAGCUCCACUUCAGAAUUUAUAUAUCAUUCUUUCCACAGCAGUACAUAUAUAUCAGCAUUUUAAAAUGUAUCAAAAUGAAAUGAAAGUGGACUCUGGAAAGCCCUUAUUUCUAGCACUACUCCAGCAGUAUAAGGAACUGAUCAGCAUUCUUCAGUUUCAAGUUACAAACUAUUGCAUACAAGUGUGUGUUACAAGCAUUUUACAGGAUGCUGAGAGUCAUUACUGGGAUGACAACAAAGCUUUUUAUGAGGGAGAAAGAUGCUCAUUUUCUAUCCAUAUGUGGCAUUAUUUCUGCUAUGCUCUUCAACAUGACCUAUGGACUGUUCUAUCUCCUGAAUUAGCUCAGGAAAUUCUAACAGAAGUGCUGGAAGAAUCAUUAGCACUUUUGGCUUGCAGAUAUUUUCAGGCCCAGCCCAGUUACAAAAGGACGCCACAAAUAAGAACAGAUGUCACAGCAAUCCUGAUGACCUGUGAAAACAUGCUGUGGUCAGUUUGUGGUUCCACGCAAGAACUUUUAGAUCCACAUAAAGACAGAAAUCCUCGUAUUUAUAAUAUCCACAGAUACUGCAAUAAUUUACUAGCAGCUGCUCUUGUUUUAACUUCACCACUAGAGAAUUUGUACAAAACAGUUCAAAGCAUUUUUGAUGACUUGUCUUCAGAUAUUUUGGAGCAAGCUGUUUACCAACCAUUGCACUGGCUAUCUGUCAUAUCAGAGUUUUCCUCUUCAUUGUUAAAAACUCCAUCAGCUGGAGAAAUGACAACUCAGGGUCAUCUGAAGCUACUAUUAUCCCAGCCAUAUUGUAACUGGAACUUGCUUCUACGAACACUGCUACAUCAUGAUUGCCUCUUAGUGAAAAUUUUGUUGAGAAGUUUUAAAUCUGAAUUGUCUAAAAGUAAUGAACAAAGUACUUGCUUAGACAUGAAAGAGAACAAUGAAAUCAAUCUAGCUGAAGCAAUAUUUACAGUAUUGUCUUAUUGCACUUUAUCUCCCAAAUCUCUUGCUGAUGCCCUUCAGAACUACAUGGAAAAAGAACACAUUUGGGAUUUUUUACAUAAUAUAUCAGUUUCUAGUUGCAGUGAGUCAGAGCCAGAAGUUGUCAAAUGCUUGAAAUCGACUUUGAUUAAUUCAGUUAACGGAACAGUAAAGGAGGUAAUUUCCUUGAUGCAUUCAUGGGAAGCAUCAGAGAAAUAUGGCACCUAUCUGCCUAAUAAAACUGUUCCUGAAAGGUUGUUGAGUACAGUUCCAAAGGAAUGGAACUAUAUUUAUAAAGAUGUAAAAACAGAAGAAUCUGGGAAAUGUUUCACAAGGCUUGCUGCUCAAGUUCUAUCUAUUGUAAUCAGCAAGUUACCUUCUGUAAUAGCAUGUUUGCCAUCCCCAAUUAAAUAUUUCUUUUUAAUAUCUGAUAAAAAAAUACCAGAAAAGUUUAUUGAAUCAGAGAAAUACGGUUUUCUUGUCAAGACGUUGAUUAUAAUUAUAUGUCAGAUAUUUGAGGAUGGAAACAUCACAGAACUUUUAACGGGUGCAAUUCUUGACAGAUGGAGCAAAGAAAAGCUCAGUUUAGUUUGCAUAUGUUUGGAAACUAUUAUAGGAAAAAAGAAAAAGAAUCCUAAACAAGUAAUUCAUAAGAUAAUUCAGAGCAUUGAACAGGAGAAGCCAAACUGGAUUGAAAAGCAACUACUAAAAGCAAAAAAACUGAGCACAGAAUGUACAAUUACUACUGCAAAAGAUAGUAGGAACUCAGAAGAGGAAACUAUUGAGCUUGAAUUGACUGAGCAGAAAAUAAACAUGAUGGCCUUGGAUAUCUGCCACAAACCAGGUGGCAGUGAAUACCUGAGGCAAAUUUAUCACAUCAUCCAGCUCAAUGAGGAUUAUUUGAACGAACAGCUAUCUUAUGAUGGAACUUCUGAAGAAGAUCCAGCAAACAUCAGACAUUUAUGUCUAAUGUUAAGAAGCAAAGAACAGCCUGUUUUUGACCCUUUCCAAGUGCACCACUGGUAUUGCACUAAUGUGUUAAAAAAGUGUGCCGUUAAUGAGUGGAAGUGGGAUUGGUCAGAUAUGUUGCCAAGUUACUUGGGACAAAAUAGAAUCACCUUUGGGACACUGCUAGCACACAGGAAAAUCAAGGCUGUUUGCUGGGCUCAUCACCAAUGCAGAAAGCAGAUGGGAGAUGAAAGAGAAAGAAACUCUGAAAGAAGAAGACAGAGCAAUGCUAGAAGAAUUACAAAAAAAUUAUCUCACACCACUUUCUCUUACUUCAGAAGAUAAGGAAUAACAGAGAACUUGAUAAGAAUAUCUUAUAGUUAUUCAUUCUUUUUGUCAAAGAAAUAGAUUUUUCUGAAAGAUGGCAUUGCAAAAAAAAUACAACAACCCCAACUAUAUAA